UGAGAAUUGUGGAAUUUAUUUCAGAUCUAUUUGAAGUUUGUCUCUCUGCAACAGAAAUCCUGUGAGGAUUCAUUCAUUAGUUAACUCUCUGACCUUACAUGGAGCCGAAGGACUCUGGAUAAUACACAGCUUCAUUAUGGCCCCCAAGAAACCAGAGUUAAAGAAGGAAACCGUCAAACCGACUCCAGAACCAGAACCUGCUAAAGAACCAGACUUCGACCCUCGCAGCAUCAAGAUCGAGUUCAGCAGCGAGCAAACUGAAGAGUUUAGAGAAGCCUUCCAGCUGUUUGACAGAACUGCAGAGAGUCUGAUGAAGAUCUCGUUCUCUCAGUGUGGAGACGUGAUGAGAGCUUUGGGACAAAAUCCAACAAACGCCGAAGUCCUCAGAGUCCUGGGACGACCCAGACCCGAAGACAUGGACAAUAACCUGAUGGAUUUUGAGACCUUCCUGCCGAUGCUGCAACAUGUUGCUCAGUCGAGAGACAAAGGGACGUACGAGGACUUUGUUGAAGGCCUCAGAGUUUUUGAUAAAGAAGGGAACGGGACGGUGAUGGGAGCUGAGCUGAGACACGUUCUGGUGACUCUGGGAGAGAGGAUGAAGGAGGAGGACGUGGAGCGGCUGCUGGCGGGUCAGGAGGACGCUAACGGAUGUAUUAACUAUGAAGCGUUCAUCAAACACAUCCUGGCCGGCUGAGGAGACACGUCGGACGGUUUGUGCAGAACGAGGCUCCUUUUCUUUCAUCAUGUUUGUUGUUUGGCCCAAACUUUUAUCUGUAUGAAUCCAGUUUCAAUAAAACCUCUACAGACACGUCAUCACUGUGUGUUGGCAGUUAAAC